AUGCCUCCCCCGCUCUCCUAUCCUGCCCUGAAACUUGUAUUGGAGUAUUUGAAUGUGAAGAAAAGAAUCCACCUCACAUCCCGUAGCAGUUUCCUUCAACGAAUCGAUAAGACAAUACCUGUUCGUGCAAAAUAUUUUUGGAUAGAGGGAGAUUGGCUGAAUCUAGACGGUUUUAAAUUCACUGUAAAACAUAAAUCGUGGUACAAGAACAUAGAGGCCGAGAAGUAUGGAAACUUACUGAUUAGCUAUUUGAGAGGAAGAUCAAGUGUCAAUGCGGAUGAGGUAUAUUUCUUCGAAGUCAAGACUUCUCAAGAUAUUCCUGUGAAACUUGAAUUGACAAUCAACAAAUUAGUAUCUGAUGUCUGUAAUCUUGAAGUCGUGCUCCCAAUGAUCACUCCACGCAGUCUUCCACUCGCAGAGCUUUCCGUGACAGUCGAUAAAGACACUAAUGUCGACCUUGAAAUAGUUCGUUCAGCCAAAAAUGUCAUAUUUGUCCCUUAUUUUUGUGAAUUUAUCGGUCUUGAGACAAUUCCGAACAAAAUAGUGUACAUCCUUCAACCCGAAACUGAUGUUGUAAGAAGCAUUAUAAGAUAUUGGAUGCAAAAUGGAAAAGAAGUUGGGACGGAGUUUUUAAUGUCAUGUAACAAUCGUUCAGAUCUUGUCGAAAAAAUUGCUAUUUUGCAAGAAGAAUUCCACAAAACACAAGGAUAUUUGGAGGAUAUCAAUGAGCAUAGCUUCUCCAUUCCGUUAAGCUCUACUUCAAAGCUUCUUGUCUGUGGAGGUAAAAAACACUUCGACGAAAUCCAUCUCACAUCCCGUAGCAGUUUCCUUCAACGAAUCGAUAAGGCAAUUCCUGUUCGUGCAGAACUUUUUUGUAUACAGGAAGGCUAUCUGAGUCUUGACCGUUUUAAAUUCGAUGUACAACACAAAUCGCGGUACACAAACGAGGACAAGAAAAAUGGAAAGUUAUUGAUGAGUUAUUUAAAAGGAAGAUCAAGUAUCAAUGUGGAUGAGGCUGUCUUCGAAACAGUGAAGACUUCUCAAGAUUUUCCUGUAAAACUUGUUUUGACAAUUAACAAAUUGGAAACUAUCUGCUGUAAUCUGGAAGUCGUGAUCCCAAUGAUCAAUCCUCGCAGUCUUCCACUCAUAGAUCUUUCCUUGAUCCUUGAUGAGCCCACCGAUGUCGACGUUAAAAUAGUUCGUUCUGCCAAAGAAGUUUCUAUUGGAACAUUUCAUGAACUGAUCGGUCUUGAGAAGCUUCCAAAUAAAAAAGUGGACGUCCGACUUAUGCCCAUAACUGAUCUCGUAAGAAGAAUUAUAAGAUAUUGGAUGCAAAAUGAAAAAGAAAUUGGGACGGAGUUUUCAAUGUCAUGUUACAAUCGUUCAGAUCUUGUCGAAAAGAUUGCUAUUUUGCAAGAAGAAUUGCACGAAACACAAGGAUAUUUAGAGGAAAUCAAUGAGCAUUUUGUAUCCGGCUUCUCUAUUCCGUUAAGCUCCACGUCGAAGCUUCUUGUCUAUGGAAUUGUAAAAAACGAGAACGAGGUGUAUACUUUUGAGUUAGUACUGAAAGUUGUGUAA